AUGCUUGCUGGCUAUCUGACUUCGAUGGCUACUACCAAUGCUACUGCCGCUUCCAUCGCUUCAGCUAUGAAUUUAACUAUAUCUAAAAAUAUCUAUCUACCCAUCUAUCUACCUAUCUAUAAUUCUAAAAUUUGUAUAAGAAAGAACAAUAUACUUUCAUUCUUUGGGUCAUAUUCAUCUAUCUUUGUCUAUUCAUAUCUAUUCAUAUUCUUAAUCAUAUCUAUUUAUCAUUCUAGUUAUUCAUUUUCAUUCAUCUAUAAUUCUAGUCAUAUUCAUCUCCCUAUCUAUAUCACAUAUCUAUCUAUUUAUCAUUCUAGUCAUAUCUAUCUAUCUAUCUACCUAUCUAUAAUUCUAUCAUAUCUAUCUACCAUUCAUUCACCCAUCUAUAAUUUAAGUCAUAUCUAUCUCCUAUCUAUAUCACAUUCUAAUCAUAUCUAUUUAUCAUCUAAAUCAUUCUAUCUACCCAUCUAUCUACCUAUCCAUAAUUCUACACAUCUAUUCACCCAUCUAUAUUUUAAUCAUAUCUAUCUACCAUUCAUUCACUCCAUCUAUAAUUCUAUCAUCUAUCUACCCAUUCAUAUUUCUAAUCAUAUCCAUAUUUCUACCCAUCAUAAUCUAGCUCUAUCUAUUCCUAUCUAUAUCACAUCUAAUCUAUCUUUAUCAUUCUAUCAUAUCUAUCUCUCAUCUAUAUUUCUAAUCAUAUCUAUCUACCCAUCUAUCUACCUAUCUAUAAUUCUAGUCAUAUUCAUCUCCCCAUCUAUAUCACAUUCUAAUAUCUUUUAUCAUUCUAUCAUAUCUAUCUCCCCAUAUCUAUAUCACAUAAUCAUAUCUAUUUAUCAUUCUAGUCACAUCUAUCUACCUAUCCAUCUACCCAUUCAUAAUUCUAGCUGUGUUCAUCUCCCUAUCUAUAUCAACAUAUAUAUUCAUAGCUCACAUCCAUUCACCAUUCAUCUCCCAUCUAUAUAUCACAUCAUUCCUAUAUAUCACAUUCUAAUCUAUCUAUUUAUCAUUCUGGUCAUAUUCAUUCACCCAUCUAUCUAUAUUUCUAGUCAUAUCCUAUCUAUAUCACAUUCUAAUCAUAUCUAUUUAUCAUUCCAGUCAUAUCCUAUCUCCCCAUCUAUAAUUCAUCUAUCUCCCUAUUCAUAUCUAAUCAUAUCUAUUUAUCAUUCUAAUACAUCCAUCUUCAUAUCUAUCUACCUAUCUAUAUUUCAAUCAUCUAUUCACCCAUCUAUAUAUCCUAAUCUAGUCAUAUCUCUCCCAUCUAUAUCACAUUCUAAUCAUAUCUAUUUAUCAUUCUAUCAUAUCUAUCUACCUAUCUAUAUUUCUAAUCAUAUCUAUCUACCUAUCAUCUACCUAUCUAUAAUUUAUCAUAUCUAUCUACCUAUCUAUAUUUCUAAUCAUAUCUAUCUACCUAUCUAUCUACCUAUCUAUAAUUCUAAAUAUAUCCAUUCAAAUAUUUCUAAUCACAUCUAUCUACCUAUCUAUCUACCCAUCUAUAAUUCUAUCAUAUCUAUCUCCCCAUUCAUAUCACAUUCUAAUACAUAUCUAUUUAUCAUUUCUAGCAUCUAUCUACCCAUCUAUAUUUCUAAUCAUAUCUAUCUACCUAUCUAUCUACCUAUCCAUAAUUUAUCACAUCUAUCUACCUAUAUCUAUAUUUCUAAUCAUAUCUAUCUACCUAUCUAUCUACCUAUCUAUAAUUCUAUCAUAUCUAUCUACCUAUCUAUAUUUCUAAUCAUAUCUAUCUACCUAUCUAUCUACCUAUCUAUAAUUCUAUCAUAUCUAUCCCUAUCUAUACUACAUUCUAAUCAUUCCAUUCCAGUCAUAUCUAUCUACCCAUUCAUAUUUCAAUCAUAUCAUUGUAAUCUAUCUCCUAUCUAUAUCAUAAUCAUAUCUAUUUAUCAUUCUUCAUAUCUAUCUCCCUAUCUAUAUCACAUUCUAAUCAUAUCUAUUUAUCAUUCUAGUCAUAUCUAUCUACCUAUCUAUCUACCUAUCUAUAAUUCUAUCAUAUCUAUCUACCUAUCUAUAUUUCUAAUCAUAUCUAUCUACCUAUCUAUCUACCUAUCUAUAAUUCUAUCCAUAUCUAUCUACCCAUCUAUAUUUCUAAUCAUAUCUAUCUACCAUUCCAUCUACCUAUCUAUAAUUCUAAUCUAUCUCCCUAUUAUAUUCACAUUCAAUCAUUCAUUUAUCAUCUCUAGCCCUAAUAUUUCUAAAAAAAUUCAUCUACCCAUUCAUAAUUCAGUUUUUUAUCUAUAUCACAUUCCCAUAUCUAUUAUCAUUCUAGUCACAUCAUUCACCCAUCUAUAUUUCAAUCAUAAUCUAAAUCUACCCAUCUAUAAUUCCAGUCAUAUCUAUCUCCCCUAUAUCAAUCUUAAUCAUAUCUAUUUAUCAUCUCAGUGCUAUUCAUUUAUAUUUCUAAUCAUAUCUAUAUCUACCCAUUCAUCUACCCAUCUAUAA